CUAAAUGCAAUAUCUCACCUUAAUCUUUCCAUUGGGGCUGUCUGGAGGCAUCCACUUGAGACGUACUUCGUUUUCGCUGAUAAAAGAGAAUGCAACACCGGACGGUACUCCUGGGACAUCUUCUGGAGUCAACACCACGGUGGGUAUCCUAUUCUCCGGUCCACAUCCGACUAUGGUACAAGCGGACACAAAAACCAAGUAGCUAGUGAACGCGCGCAAGCCCAUUACCUGAAAUGA